AAGGGUGCUUAUUAGAAACGCCAUCUUCUUCAACCUCCUCCUCCUCGAUCUUUCCUUCCUCCCCCCUUUGCUUUUUGAUCAUCGUCAUCGUCAUCGUCAGAUCUAUUCAACCAUUUCAGUUUCUCCAUGGUUUCGCUCUUCAUGCCAUGAUCCGCAAUCGGAAAGGACCCUCAUCUUCCAAGUUUCGCCGAAUUAGGAAUAGCAAAGUUGUCUGUAUGUUUGUGCGGUUUGGUUUGGUUUACAUGUGCUAUUGUUUCAAGAUGAUGAACAUAGUUAAAGGUGUUGCCGGUCUUAUUCGGAGGACAUCUGGCUAUGGCGCUGACUAUGGUGUAGGAGGUUCACUCUCUCACAGGUUCCCUGUUCCAGCACCUAAAAUUCAAUUCAGUGACAUUGGUGAUGAGGCAAUCUUAGCGGCGCUAUGGCAGAGAUAUCAAAAUGCCGCAGAUAAGGUAGAAAGACAACAGGCUUUUCAUAUAUUUCUUAAACAGUUUAUUGUAAUAUACAAGCACUGGGAGCCGUUUGAUUCAGACGACUCAUAUGGGGAGGACUCUCAAAAUCCUGAUGAGGUUGUUGUCGGCUGCUUGACUGCACAUCCUGCUGAAAUAAUAGUUGCCUUAGUAGAAGAAGUUACACACAUCACAUCUAUGGUCACUGAAUACAUAUCAGGGACUUCAAGUAGCUUGAUCAUCACAUCUGAAGGUUUUGCUGUCUUGAAUGCUUUGAUUAUCAUGAAUCGCUCAAUGCAAAAUUGUAAAGUUUUGGGCUAUUAUGGUGGGAUUCAAAAGCUCACAGCACUAAUGAAAGCGGCUGUUGUCCAAUUGAAAACCAUUGCUGGAGCGCUUUCAGCUGAUGACACUUUAUCAAGCUCUAAUGUAGAAAAAGCUGUUUUUUUACAAAAGAUACUUGUACAUGUAAUAUCAAUUGUAUGUGGCUUUAUCAAUUUACGAGUAGAUGUACAUGGAAAAGCUCUGAUAGACGUUGACAACUUGGAGGCAUCUGUUGAAAGAAUCGCCACAAAUCCAGAACCUUUCACCUCUUCACGGGACCCACUUUCUGAAAACAGAUUGCAGUGGCAUCACAAGGCAGUCAUAUCAGUGAUGGAAGCUGGAGGUCUUAAUUGGUUAGUAGAGUUGCUGCGUGUGAUUAGAAGGUUAAGCUUGAAAGAACAACGGACGGAUUCAUCUCUUCAGUAUUUGACUCUGAGAACUCUUCACUUGGCACUAACUGAUAACCCACGUGGUCAAAACCAUUUUCGAAGCAUUGGCGGACUUGAAGUGUUGUUGGAUUAUUUAGGAGUUUCCUCAAUUAACUCCUUAAAAUCAAGGAAUUCCUCUCCUGAUAACAGACGAGAUGGAAAUCCUUUAAUGUGGAUUUUGCAGCUCCAUCUUCUUUCUUUGGAGGUCCUCAGGGAAGCUGUCUUUGGCAAUUUGAACAAUUUGCAAUUUCUUUGUGAAAACGGAAGAGUGCACAAGUUUGCAAACAGCUUUUGUUUGCCCGCAUUUGUGUUUCAAGGAUUUAUGCAGGAAAACCCAUCCUCUGGUGGAAUACCAGAAACUUCUUCUUCGUCUCCUAGUUGUCAAUAUUGGAGUAAUUAUACCGUCAGUUUGAGCAAAGCCCUAUAUUCCUUUGUUCUCUCAAUAGAGGAUUUAAAAUCACAUCAGGUGCAAUCAUCUGGCCGAAGCAGUUUCCCGUUUUCUUCUGUAUAUGGGGAACUUUCAAUAAAGUUCAUCAUGAGGGUUCUUCAGACUGUAUUUCCAAGUAUCAAGGCCUUUUCAAAUCAAACUGAACUUCCAAGCCACUUAAGGAUAUUUUUAUACUCACUGCAGCAUUACAUACUCUUCGUAUUUAGAAAAGUUCUCGUUUUAUCCCCUUCAUUGCUGGAUAUAUUCCGGUCAGAAGGGAUUUGGGAUUUUAUCUUUUCAGAGCAUUUCUAUUUCGGAAGUGGGUCGACAGUAAUUCCUGAAGCUUAUAUUAACUAUAGUGAUGUGCGUCCCUGGAGCAAUGAGCCUUAUACUCGUUCAAAAUCCUUUAACAAACAAGUACAAAGUAAUGAAGCUGAUAUCCUUCAGACAAAUGUAAUUUCAGUUGUUGAGUUCGCUGCAACACUAGAUGCAACUUCACAUAAUAUGCCUGAAUGCUCUGUGCUUUUAGAUUCUCUUGAGCUAUUUGCUUCUAACCCUGAAGUAGCUAUUGGUCUAGUGAAGUGUCUACUCCACGUUUUGCAGCUUGCACCCGAGAAAACGUUUCUCUCUUUUAAGGCACUCGAUGCAAUUCCUCGAGUGCUCAAAGUUGCUUGUUUACAAGCUCAAGAUUCCAAAAGACUUGUAACUGAUUCUAGUGAAAUGAAAUCAAAUUCACCAGAGUCCCUUCAUCGUUGGCGUGGUUGUAUGGAAGUUUGCAUUCAGCUCUUUGCAGAGUACUUUUCGGUUACUGAAGAAGCAAAAUGUUUGGUUUUGAAUAGCUCUACUUGUAUUGAUUGUUUGUUCGAUCUUUUCUGGGAAGAACAUAUGAGAAGUUCCAUGCUUUCUUAUAUCUUUGCCCUGAUGAAGUUCAUUCCAUCUUCUGAAGAUGACCAAAAGGCAAAGUUAUAUUUAUGUUCUAAAUAUUUGGAAACCUUUACACAAGUCAAAGAAAGGGAGAAAAACUUUGCUGAACUGUCAGUUGAUCUGCUGGUUGGGAUGAGAGACAUGCUUUUGAAAGAUCGCCUGUAUUUUCAGACUUUAUUCCGUGAGGGUGAGUGUUUUCUGCAUGUUGUAUCUUUAUUGCAUGGGAACCCUGAAGAUGAAGAAGGUGAAAAGCUGGUUCUUAAUGUUCUACAAACUCUCACCUCUCUGCUUACGGGUAAUGAUGUUUCAAAGGCUGCUUUCCGAGCUCUUGUUGGUAAGGGUUAUCAAACACUGCAAACUUUGCUGUUGGACUUGUGUCAAAGAAGACCAAAUGCAGGCCUUUUAUCUGCUCUGCUGGAUAUGCUUGUUGAUGGGAAAUUUGAUCUCAAGAAGAGUCCUGUUAUCAGGAAUGAAGAUGUAAUCUUGCUUUAUCUCAGUGUAUUGGAGAAGAGCAGUGAGUCAAUGCGGAAUGAAGGGCUGAACAUAUUUCUUCAUCUACUAAGAGAUUCCAUAUCAAAUAGGGCUUCAUGUGUUCGAGUGGGAUUGCUUAGCUUUCUUCUCGACUGGUUUCCUUAUGAAGACAAUGAUAGUGUUGUCUUGAAAAUUGGGCAGUUAAUUCAGGUAACUGGUGGACAUAGUGUUUCUGGGAAAGAAAUUCGCAAAAUAUUUGCUCUACUUCGAAGUGAGAAAGUGGGCACCCGCCAACAGUACUGCUCACUAUUGUUAACCAAUAUUUCUUCAAUGCUAAAUGAAAAAGGACCAACUGCCUUCUUCAAUUUUGACGGACAUGAUUCUGGAAUAAUAAUCAACACACCGGUGCAGUGGCCUAAUUAUAAGGGAUUUUCUUUUUCUUGCUGGGUACGUGUAGAAAGCUUUCCCACAAGUGGAAGAAUGGGGCUCUUUAGUUUUCUCUCAGAAAGUAGAAAAGGAUGUCUCGCUGUCCUUGCAAAGGAUAGGUUAUUAUUUGAGUCUAUUUAUCAGAAACGGCAAUGUGUUUCCUUUCCUAUCAACCUUAUUGGUAAGAAAUGGCAUUUUCUGUGCAUAACACAUAGUAUUGGUAGAGCUUUCUCAGGAGGGAGUCAUUUAAAAUGCUAUUUGGAUGGAGUUCUUGUUUCUUCAGAAAAGUGCAGCUAUCCCAAAGUCUAUGAACCUUUGACCAGUUGCAUGAUAGGAGCACCGAUUUUGCAUACUUUUGAAGAAGACGGUGUUUCCUCUUCUAUCAAAGAGUCGUAUCCGUUUUUUGGUCAAAUCGGUCCACUCUAUCUCUUUAGUGAUGUCAUCACUUCUGAACAAGUUCAGGGAAUCUUUUCCUUAGGACCGAGUUAUAUGUACUCGUUUCUUGAUAAUGAAUUUGUAGUUUCUGGUGAUAACCCCUUGCCCAUUGGAGUUCUUGACGCUAGAGAUGGUCUUGCCUCCAAAAUUAUUUUUGGACUUAAUGCACAGGCCAGUAAUCGUAGGACGUUAUUUAAUGUUUCACCUUUGCUCGAUCAUGCGCUUGACAAGAGUUCAUUUGAGGCAACUGUAAAAACUGGGACCCAACUAUGUUCUCGCCGUUUGUUACAACAGAUUAUUUACUGUGCCGGGGGUGUUUCUGUCUUUUUCCCUCUUUUCACUCGUAUUGACCUAUAUGGGGAUGACAAUCAACAGCUUGGAUACAAUUUGCUUACACCCAUAACAAAAGAACGUUUGACUGCUGAAAUCAUUGAGCUAAUUGCCUCUGUUUUAGAUGAGAAUUUGUCUAACCAACAACAGAUGCUCAAUCUUUCUGGAUUUUCGAUUCUUGGUUUUUUGUUGCAAUCGGUUCCUUCACAACAGCUUAAUAUGGAAACUCUAUCAGCUCUGAAACAUAUGCUCAAUGUUAUUUCAAAUAGCGGGUUGGGUGAAGUACUUGUCAAUGAUGCAAUCUCACAUGUAUUUCUUAACCCUUUCAUUUGGGUAUAUGCUGACUACAAAGUGCAAAGGGAGCUCUACAUGUUUCUCAUUCAGCAAUUUGAUAAUGAUCCAAGGCUUCUCAAGAGUCUAUGCCGGUUUCCACGCGUGCUUGAUAUCAUCCACCAAUUUUACUGGGAUCACAUGCCAUCACAUCCCACUACUGGAAACAAACCUCUAUUGCCUAUAACAAACAAAGAUUUUGGAGAGAGGCCCAACAAGGAAGAAAUACAAAAAAUACGUCUCCUUUUACUAAGUAUUGGUGAGAUGAGUCUCAGGGAGCAUAUUGCAGUGUCAGAUAUUGAAUCACUUGUAUCCUUUUUUGAGACAAGUCAAGACAUGGCAUGCAUUGAGGAUAUAUUACAUAUGAUUCUUAGAGCUCUUUCUCAAAAGUCAUUGCUCACAUCUUUUCUUGAUCAAGUCAAUAUUGUUGGUGGCUGUCAUCUUUUUGUCAAUCUGCUUCAAAGGAACUAUGAGCCGGUCCGAUUGCUUGGUUUGCAAUUCCUGGGAAGACUUUUGGGUGGUAUACCAUCUGAGAAGAAGGAGUCGAAGUUUUUUAGUUUGGCUAUUGGAAGAUCCAAGUCUCCUCUAGAAGGCCCUAUGUUAAGGCUGCAACCCAUUUUCUCUGCCAUGUCAGAUAGGCUCUUCAAAUUCCCUCAAUCAGAUGCUUUAUGUGCAACAUUUUUUGAUGUUCUUCUUGGUGGUGCUAGCCCAAAACAGGUCAUGCAGGGACAUAAUCUGCCUGAGAGGAAGGGAAACAACUCUCAGUUUUUCGUACCACAAAUAUUGGUUCUCAUUUUUAAGUUUUUGUCUGGCUGUGAGGAUGUGCAAGCAAGAAUAAGAAUAUUUCGAGAUCUGCUUGUGUUGCUUGAUUCAAAUAUCUCUAACAUUGAGGCAUUUAUGGAAUAUGGAUGGCAUGCGUGGUUAGUGGCUUCUAUGAAGCUUGAUGUGAUGAGAAACUACAAAAUGCAGUCACAAGUUCACAGUGAAAGUGAGAUAGUUGAGCAGAACUAUGUGAGGACCUUAUUUUCUGUAGUUCUUCGUCAUAAUGUACAGUCUAUAAAAGGUGGCUGGCAACACUUGGAAGAGACUGUCAAUUUCUUCCUCAUGCAAGCUCAACAUGGUGGCAAAUCAUAUUGGUAUAUGCUUCGUGAUAUAUAUGAGGAUUUGAUGAAGCAUCUCGUGGACUUAUCUUCUAGGGAAAAUGUACUUUCCUUGCAACCAUGUCGCGACAACACAUUCUACCUUCUCAAACUAAUUGAUGAGAUGCUCAUUUCUGAACUUGAUAACAAUCUUCCGUUUCCAGCAUGUGGCUAUGAUUUCUCUCCUGAACGCAUUGAGUUAGAAAACGAUAAAGAUCUUGUCUCUGCUUUGUACGAGGCCCUUCAAGGAGAAAAUCAUGAUCGUAUCUCAAGAGACCCUAAGGUUCAUAUUCAGCCAGCAGUCAGUAAAGUUGAAAAGAUUGAUGAAUCAUGGUGGGAUAUAUAUGACAAAUUAUGGGUUGUCAUUAGUGAGAUGCAUGGGAAAGGUCCAAGCAGGUUCGUACAGAAGUCAACGUCUACCGUGGGCCCAUCGUUUGGUCAAAGAGCACGUGGUUUGGUUGAGUCACUGAAUAUUCCUGCUGCAGAAAUGGCUGCGGUGGUUGUAUCGGGUGGAAUAAGUAAUGCUUUUGGUGGAAAGUCACACAAAGUAAUUGACAAAGCCAUGCUUUUAAGGCCAGAAAAAUGCUCAAGAAUUGCUUUUCGACUUAUGGUUUUAUAUUUGUGUAAAUCUUCACUUGAAAGAGCUUCAAGAUGUGUUCAACAGUUUAUUCCCAUACUGCCUUGUCUUCUCACUGCUGAUGAUGACCAAAGCAAAAGCCGACUACAACUUUUUAUCUGGGCCUUGCUUGCUGUUAGAUCAAAGUUUGGGAUGUUGGAUGAUGGUGCUCGGUUUCAUGUUAUUGCACACUUGAUUCGUGAAGCUGUUGAGUGUGGGAAGUUGAUGUUGGCAACCAGUAAUGACACGUCAGACAUGGGUAGCAUCUCAAAGGAAACCGGAACUAUUCAGAAUCUUAUACAAAAAGACCGUGUGCUUGCUGCUGUUUCUGAUGAGUUUAGAUAUCUAAAAAAUUGUGCUGUGGAUCGAGCAAAACAAAUUGAUGAACUCCAUGUUAGGAUGGAUGAAAGUUCAUCUUUUGAUUUAAACCAGUUGGGGAUUUUUGAAGAUGAAAUACAAAGUAGCUUAAAUGUUAUUCUUGCCUCCGAUGAUAGCAGAAGAGCUUCAUUCCAGCUUGCUCAUGAUGAGGAGCAACAAGUGACUGCUGAAAAUUGGAUACAUAUGCUACGCACACUGAUUGAUGAGAGAGGUCCGUGGUCAGCUAAUCCUUUCCCUAACAAGAUUGUUACACACUGGAAGCUUGACAAAACAGAGGACACUUGGCGCCGUAGGCAGAAAUUAAGACAAAAUUACCAUUUUAAUCAAAAGCUUUGCCAUCCUCCUUCCACUCUUCCAACUAACGGGACCCUUCCUUCUACAACUGAAACUAAAUCAGGGUUUGCAGCUCACAUUCCACAACAAAUGAAACAGUUUCUGCUUAAAGGGAUUCGAAGGAUAACGGAUGAAACUUUUCUAGAAUCCGUAGAACUCGAUGCUGAAGUCACUGAGCAAAAGGCCUCUACCAGUGAGGAUUUACCUGAGGUUUCAAAAGACGAAAAUGACCUGAAGGAUCUUCAUGAGCGGAAAGAUCAUCCGUCUGCCUCAAUUGAGUCGGAAGAUAGUGAGGUCCUCAUGUCUCUUCCGUGUGUACUCGUGACCCCAAAAAGAAAACUAGCGGGGCGUUUGGCUGUCAUGAAGAAGGUUCUACAUUUUUUCGGCGAGUUCUUGGUUGAAGGAACAGGGGGUUCAUCUGUUUUUAAAAGCAUUCAAGCAUCUGCCAGUUUUGAUUUGAACAAAACUGAUAAUGUAGGGAUGCAGAAACAAAAGUUUUUCAAAUGGCCACUUAAUUUAGAUUUAACUUCAGAAGGAGAAACCUCUGAUAAUGUAAAUGCAGUUUUGGGUAAUCUUCUUCAGAAGCAAUCUGAAAACAUCAAGCGCCAUAGAAGAUGGGAAAUUUCCAAGAUAAAGGCUGUCCAUUGGACUCGCUAUUUGCUCCGAUACACCGCCAUAGAGAUUUACUUUAAUGAUUCAUCUGCUCCAAUAUUUUUCAAUUUUUCAUCAAAUAAAGAAGCCAAAGAUGUUGGAAGCUUGAUAGUAUCCACUAGAAAUGAAUCUGUUGUCAAGGGACACAAAGACAAGUCUGGAGUUAUUUCCUUUGUUGAUAGACGUGUUUCUAUGGAGCUUGCUGAAACUGCCAAAGAAAGUUGGAGAAGAAGAGACAUUACAAACUUCGAAUAUUUGAUGAUUCUUAAUACUCUUGCAGGCCGAUCGUAUAAUGAUUUGACUCAGUAUCCUGUAUUUCCAUGGGUGCUCGCAGAUUACUCGUCUGACGAACUUGAUUUCAACAAGUCCUCUACUUUUCGUGAUCUUUCGAAGCCCGUUGGAGCACUGGAUCAAAAACGGUUUGAGGUUUUUGAAGAUAGAUACCUUAACUUUUCUGACCCUGAUAUACCCAGUUUCUAUUAUGGAUCUCACUACUCAAGCAUGGGUAUUGUGCUAUAUUAUCUCCUUAGGCUAGAGCCUUUUACGGGGCUGCACCGUACACUACAGGGUGGUAAAUUUGAUCAUGCAGACCGGCUUUUUCAAAGUAUUGAGAGCACAUAUAAGAACUGUCUUUCUAACACAAGUGAUGUGAAGGAGUUGGUUCCUGAGUUCUUUUACAUGCCUGAGUUUCUUGUUAACUCAAAUUCAUACCAUUUUGGAGUCAAACAAGAUGGUGACCCGUUGGAUGAUGUUGGCCUCCCUCCUUGGGCAAAGGGAUCCCCUGAAGAGUUCAUAAGUAUAAACCGAGAAGCCCUAGAAAGUGAAUACGUUAGUUCCAAUCUUCACCAUUGGGUUGAUUUAAUUUUUGGUUACAAGCAACGUGGAAAACAAGCAGUCGAGGCAGCAAAUAUAUUCUAUUAUUUAACUUAUGAGGGAGCUGUUGACUUAGAAACAAUGGAAGAUGAAUUGCAAAGGUCAGCCAUUGAAGACCAGAUUGCUAAUUUUGGUCAAACACCGAUUCAAAUCUUUCGCAAGAGACACCCGAGGAGGGGUCCCCCAAUUCCAAUUACACAUCCUUUACGAUUUGCUCCUUCUUCUAUUACAUUGAAUUCGAUAGUUUCUAGUACAAGUAGUCUACCUUCAGCGGUGUUGUAUGUGGGAAUAUCCGAUUCAAAUGUUGUCCUUGUGAAUCAGGGGCUGACAAUGUCGGUCAAAAUGUGGUUGACCACCCAAUUGCAAUCUGGUGGCAACUUCACCUUUUCUAGCUCACAGGAAGCCUACUUUGCUAUUGGUGCGGAUGUGGUUUCUCCUCGUAGAAUUGGUAGUCCUUUGGCGGAAAAUAUCGAACUUGGAGCACAAUGCUUUACUACAAUGCAAACACCAUCUGGAAAUUUUCUCGUUUCAUGUGGAAAUUGGGAAAAUAGUUUUCAGCUCAUCGCCUUGAAUGAUGGAAGAUUAGUGCAGAGUGUAAGACGACAUAAGGAUGUCGUUAGCUGUGUUUAUGUUACAUCAGACGGGAGCAUCCUUGCUACUGGUAGUUAUGAUACAACCGUUAUGAUUUGGGAAAUUCUGCGUACAAAAAACUCAGAAAAAAGAACACGCAACAUAAUACCAACAGAGUUCAACAACCGUAAAGACUGUGUGAUUGCCGACACUCCUUUCCAUAUAUUAUGUGGACAUGAUGACGUCAUUACAUGCUUAUACGCAAGUGUAGAACUAGAUUUGGUUAUUAGCGGAUCAAAAGACGGGACUUGUGUUUUUCAUACGUUACGCAAAGGAAGAUACAUAAGAUCACUUCAACAUCCAUCUGGAUGCCAGCUGUCAAAACUGGUUGCAUCUCGACACGGAAGAAUUGUACUUUAUGCUGAGGAUGAUCUUAGUUUACAUCUUUAUUCUAUAAACGGGAAACACCUGAAUUCUUGUGAAUCAAAUGGGCGGUUGAACUGUAUUGAGCUGAGCAGUUGUGGUGAGUUUUUGGUUUGUGCAGGAGAUCAAGGACAGGUUGUUGUGCGGUCUAUGAAGUCACUUGAGAUUAUAGGAAGGUAUAGUGGUGCUGGGAAGAUUAUAACGUCACUGACUGUGACCCAAGAGGAAUGUAUUUUGGCUGGGACAAAAGAUGGAAGUCUUCUUGUCUAUUCAAUUGAAAAUCCUCAUCUUCGUAGGACUAGUGUGUCCCGGAGCCUCAAAAUUAAAGCUUCUGGGACAUGAUGAUCAUUGUAUGCAUGGUUGUUGGCCAACAGCUACUAUGAGCAUGAGGAUAUCCACAUGACAUACCGAGAUUUUCAAACCAAAACGCUAUAUUCAUUGUCUGCAGGAAAUUGGAAACUGGUGAAUGUGCUAACAAACAAAUACAUGUACAUUAUUAUGUGCUUAGGUUGUGGACAUAUUUAAUUAAUACUCACCAUAAAUUUAAUCAUAGAUAUGUUGAUUCCCUUGUCAACUCUGCUUAUGGGAUCAGCUUAUUUUUUUCUAGGGCUUAAAUUUAUCAGGGUUUUAAGGUAUGUUUUUUGUCACUUUUGCCUACAGUUUGUAGCUGCCAUGUAUGUAUGUAUGUAUACAUACACAAACAUAUAUAUACAUGAACACAUAUAUUAGGGUUGAUUAAGUACUAA